AGAGCUCUUUCUCCCUCUCCAAAGCAAGUCCUUCUUGGCUCUCCCCUCCUUUUGGGGGGCGCAUUCAAGUCUUUCCUUGAAGCUGUAGCCCCCUCCCCUUUCUCCCCUUUCCAAGAGCCAACCCCCUUAGGCACCCAUUUGCUUCCCUUUUCCUUCCUUGUCUCCAGCUCUCUUCUCCUUUUCCCUCCUUGGCACUGCUUUGGCUCCCUUCCCCUCGGCUUCUCCUCCUUCCUGGGGGUCUCCUUGGGUGGGGAGGGCCCUUAUCCUUCCUUCCAACCCCCCUUUUUCCCCCCCAACCACCCAUCCAUCCUUCCAAAGAGGCGGAGCGGCGCGUCAAGGCGCACGGCGGAGAUUGGCCGAGGGGCCGGGGCUGAAGGCGUCGACUCGAGCGAGGGCUUUGGCUUGGCACGGUGGCUUUGUUUAGACCCUUCCCGUCUUCCUUGGCACAAGCAACCCUUUCCCUCCUCUUCUUCUCCUUCCUCCGGACAUCUGCAGAGGCGAACUAGAGCUUCCCAAGGGACUCCUCUAGAAGGAACCAUGCUUCAUUCCUAGGAUCCGUCCGCACCCGGUUCUGCGUCUCUUCCCCGAAAUGCUCCGGUUUUCCGUCCCUCCGGCCCUUUUCUUCCUCUUGGCAUCCGCCACUUCCUUCCCAAAGGACUUGAGCCCGCUUCACACCGUCGGCGGGGCAGGAACCGCGCGGUACCCGUAUUUCCGUGGCCUUGCGGAUGACAAUGACACCACGCAACUCGGUUUGGAUUUCCAGAGCAUGUUGCGGAUAAACCAAACACUCUUCAUCGCAGCCCGGGACCACGUCUAUGCCUUCAACCUCCAAAAGACCAAGGAUGACUUCUCUCCAAGCAAGCACCUCACGUGGAAAACUCAGGAUAUGGAAAACUGUGCCAUGAGAGGAAAGCUUCGGAACGAAUGUUACAACUACAUCAAAGUCCUGGUCCCGAAAAACAACCAGACACUCCUGGCCUGUGGGACGAACGCCUUCAACCCCAUGUGCCGGACAUACAAGAUCAGCACCUUGGAGCAAGAAGGGGAAGAGCUCAACGGCCAAGCUCGGUGCCCUUUCGAUGCUAAGCAAGCCAACGUGGCUCUUUUCGCAGAUGGGAAUCUAUACUCCGCGACGGUUGCCGAUUUCCAAGCCAGCGACGCGGUGAUCUACCGGAGUUUGGGAGAGCGGAGUCCAGUUCUCCGGACGGUCAAAUACGAUUCCAAAUGGCUUCGAGAACCCCACUUCGUACAUGCUCUGGAGUACGGCGAUUACGUCUACCUCUUCUUCCGUGAGAUCUCCAUGGAGUACACCACACUGGGCCGGGUCGUUUUCUCCCGCGUGGGUCGGGUCUGCAAGAACGACAUGGGGGGUUCCCCGCGGGUCCUAGAGAAGUACUGGACCUCCUUCCUGAAGGCUCGGCUCAACUGCUCCGUCCCCGGCGACUCCUUCUUCUACUUCGACGUCCUCCAAGCCGUCACCGAAGUGACCCAGGUCAACGGCCGCCUGGCCGUCUUCGGAGUCUUCGCCACUCAGUCCAACAGCAUCACAGGUUCAGCCGUCUGUGCCUUUUAUAUGGACGAAAUAGAACGGGUCUUCGGGGGCAAAUUCAAAGAGCAAAAGACUGCCGACGCGGCCUGGACCCCCAUCCCGGAGGAAAAAGUGCCAAAGCCCAGGCCCGGGUGUUGCGCCGGGAUUGGAAAAGCGACCGGUUUCCGGACCUCCAACGAUUUCCCCGACGAGAUGCUGAGUUUCAUCAAAUCCUUCCCGCUCUUGGACGAAGCUGUGCCUUCGGUCACCGGGCAGCCCUGGUUCACCAGGACCGCCAGCAGGUAUAAGCUGACCCACUUGGCUGUGGACACCACGGCCGGUCCUUUCAAAAAUUACACGGUCCUCUUUCUGGGCUCGGAAGACGGGACGGUGCUGAAGGUGUUGUCCCGGACGGCCGAAAACUCGACAGUGGAGACCGUCUUGCUGGACGAAAUCUCGGUCUACAACCCUUCCCGGUGCAGCGUCAAGAAGGAUGACCGCCGGGUCCUGGAUUUCGAGCUGGACAAGGCCAACCACGCCCUUUACGUGGCUUUCUCUGGCUGCGUGGUGCGGGUGCCUCUCAGCCGCUGCUCGGCUUACAGCGCGUGCCGGAGGAGCUGCCUGGCGUCUUGCGAUCCGUACUGCGUUUGGUCUCGUUCCGGGGCUUGCGUCACGUUCAGCACGGAGCUCAGGAGCGGAUUCGAGCAAGACGUGGAAAACACCGCCAAGAACUCGGGGAACUGUCAAGAUGUCGUAUCCGCCACCGGGAACCACGAUGGCACCAUUGACUCCGCUUACGGGGAGACGCCGACCACCACUACCACCGCUGCCGCCUCCUCCACAGCCCCUUUUCGGGAGAUGCCCACGGGGCCUGUGCCCACUAGCGUGGCUCCCGGUGCCCACCGGGCCCCUGACGCCGGGGGCCCCCGCUCCACUCUCCAUGUGGCUGUGAGCACCCAGGGAGUGCGUCAAGACCUGGACGGCCGGGACGGACUCCAGACGGUCCACUUCACCUUCCUGAUCGGCUGCGUCUUUUUGGCAUUCGUCUUGGGCGCCUUCCUCUCGGGCUUGCUGGUCUCCUGCUAUUGCAACCACAACUUCCAGAAGGCCAAGCACGCCGGCAAAGAUCCCGAAGGUGGUGGCGGCGGCGGCAAUGGCAGCGCCCAGCGCCCGCUCUCCUUGCGGAGCCUGGCCAAAAUGAACGGCCUCUUGGAGAACCAGUCCAAGGACGGCCUGCCGGAUGGAGGAGGAACCAAGCUCUACACCACUUUACUACCCAACGAGAAGGAGCCGCUUCCGCCCGGAGCGGGAGCCAAACCCGGCCUGAAGGACCACCACCCGGAGUUGUCUGCUUUGCCCACGCCCGAAUCGACGCCGGAGCUGCCCAUGAAGAACAUGAAGGCCAUCCGCAACCAGUGGGAGAAGAACCAGAACUUCAACAACGCCAAGGAGAGCCAAGGCAAGCCCUCCUUCUUCCACGCCGCCAACCCGCCGGCCUUCUCCUACCCGCCGGUGCACGGCUACGAGGCCCCCUUCCUGGGCUACCAGGACGAGAAGAAGAUCCCCAACUCGGAGCGGGUGCUGGUGCGCCACUCCCAGUGCUUCCUCCCCAAAGGGAUGGAGGUCACCACCUUGGAGGAGCUGCUCAAGCACCUCCACGAGACCAAUGGCCACAACCCCAAGGUGGUCCACUUCCCCAACGCGGCCGCUCUCUCCUUCGCCAACCGCGUCCAGCCCAAGAUCCCCGACGUCGAGAGCGCCCCGUAUUACAGCUCCUCCACACUACCCCGGGAUAGUUUGCCGCGGAGGCUCGACGUCCCGCCCGACCCUCCGCCGCCUCUGCCGGGGGGCUUGGACAAGCCGGGGCGACACCCGGCACACAGACACUCGCUCUGCGGAGCACCCAAAUUGGUGAACGCCGGCGGCGGAGGGAUGAUCGCCCGGCAUCAUAGCUUGAGCCAAGCGGGGAGGCCGCCUCCGCCGCUCCUGACCCGGAUGCACUCCACGGGCACCUCAUUGCCCCACGAAGGGCACCCCCAUGCCCUCUUCCUCUCCCGGCAGCACAGUUACGGGGACCCCGUCUUGCUGCCGGGCCACGGAGGCAUGCGGCGCUCGGUCUCCAUGAUGAAGCCCGGCAAUUGCCCCUCGCAGCCGCUCUUCAUGCCGUCGUCGUCUCCGCCGGGUACUCAGUCCUCCGGGCCGUUCAAUUACUGAGCGGGUUUUGAUGCAUCUUCAGACUUGAGGGGGGGAUCGCCGUAGGCGUAAAUUCGAGGGAAAGAAGGUGGAGAGAUCGCAUACAGUUGUGCCUUGCGACACAGAAAAGGGCACGUCCGGUACGGGAAAUGGCCAGAGGGAUUUAAUAGGCCACUCCAGUUAUGGGCAGGUUCCUAUCCGAACCGGAGUAUGCAAUCCUCGGCCGUCGACGGCGAGGACUUUGGGCGCCCCGAUCCCAAACCCAGGAUAUGCAAACUAUAUAGAGGUGGGUCCACAUGCGGCCCGUAUCCGACCUUCCAGUGCCGUUUUUUAGCGAGCGAAUGUGACCUCGUAGCCUUUCCCAAAGUCGCCCUCCGCCGAGCGAUAGGCAGCGGACACUUUCUUCCUCCACCAUGUCCCACCGUUCUGGAUCUGGGUUUGGAAAAUCGUUUCUUGGGUGGCGAAAAUAGUCGCGGAAAGAGGAGAAGACUUUGGAGGUCGUUCUGCGCGAAGCGAAGGAGGUCGGCCUUGAUGGCUACCGAAAGACGUCGGACCACGUUUCGCUUUGUUUUCAGUGCCCUUAACUUUAUCCAUGAAGACUAUAAACAUGCGUCUUGGAUUAU